AGUUCUCUGUCCGAGAAGUCGUUGUUGCAGUUGCUUUGAGAGCGUUCGCUGCCAUGCCUGAGCCGGCCAAGUCCGCCCCCGCGCCCAAGAAGGGCUCCAAGAAGGCGGUGACCAAGACGCAGAAGAAAGGCGACAAGAAACGACGUAAGAGCCGCAAGGAGAGCUACUCCAUCUACGUGUACAAGGUGCUGAAGCAGGUGCACCCCGACACGGGCAUCUCGUCCAAGGCCAUGGGCAUCAUGAACUCCUUCGUCAACGACAUCUUCGAGCGCAUCGCCGGCGAGGCGUCGCGCCUGGCGCACUACAACAAGCGCUCCACCAUCACGUCGCGGGAGAUCCAGACGGCCGUGCGGCUGCUGCUGCCCGGCGAGCUGGCCAAGCACGCCGUGUCCGAGGGCACCAAGGCUGUCACCAAGUACACCAGCUCCAAGUAGGCGCUUGCUGCGUCCUUCACCUGAUAUUUACAACCCAAAGGCUCUUUUAAGAGCCACCCACCUUUUCAGCAAAAGAGCUGAUGCUGAUGCGAGUGUUUACCUGUCCCGUUUGUUUUCGGAAGGGGGCUUGGG